AUGGACUUGCAAGAUUCGAGCUCGAGCAAGAUGGCGCCUAACAGCGAGAAGGCUGUCCCUCCAUCAACUCCAAAAAAUGGCAAGCACUCUCGAUCUGUCGACUUCGACUUAAGUCCGCCCCCGGCACCUAAGAAAAUUCGUCACAGAGCCAGAAUUCCAACAAAGGCGAUCUUCUGCUGCAACAAUGUCGAUCAAAUCAUGGUCGACAACGACGUAUUCGCGGAAUUCAAGCAGGGUGCAGCGAAGGGAAUCUCCAUGGCAGAAAAUUGGGCGCUGAUCGUGGCUCACUCUAUUGACCACCUAAUCGAAGUAGUCCCUUCUCUUGAGCUUCACUUACCAAGGCUCGAGGCCCGCUAUUUUGUCUGCAUGAGUUCUACGAAUAAGUACAGAGAGGUCAGCCGUGAUGGCUUCGAGUACUUCAAGGAGAGCAAACGGGUCGACCUCGUCAUUAGUUCUUGGUAUAAUUGCGAGGAGCAUCGUCAUGGCUACAACCUGUCAAAAUUUGAACGCACGGAGAUUGAAGGGGUUGGAUUGAAGAAGGCGGAGCUGUCACCGCAGCAAUUCUCGCAGGACAAGAGACAGAUCAUGGUUAGAAAGUUUAGUCAGGGGAGACAGGGGGAGAUUGAAGAGUUUGAGAGGAAGUUGAAGAACGCGAAGGAGGAAGACCUCGACGAAGUCUCCAAGAGGGUCACAUUUGGCAGAAAGGAAGAGGUUAACGAGGUUGCGAGAAGGUUAAGUUCUAGCAAGAUAAGCAAAGGAGAAGAUGUGGACUUGCAUCUGGCACGCAUUAACAUGUACUACUCGGAGUCUUGA